GUGACGCCGGGCCCCGUGCAGGCCCGGAGUCUGAGGCCGCAGGACGGGCUCAGGGCCCACGUGCCCCGGGCUCCCGCCGGCCGGAGCCCACGGCCUCUCCGGACCCGGGUACCUUGGCGGCACCUCUGGCCUACUGCCUGAGCGGAGCCAUGUCCGGCACCGGCAACGGCAAUGACGAGGCUUCUGCAACGACGGAAGCGAGCAGCCCCAGGAUGAGAGUGAUUCGAGUGGGCACCCGGAAGAGCCAGCUGGCUCGCAUCCAGACGGACAGUGUGGUGGCAACGCUGAAAACCUUAUACCCUGGCCUGCGGUUUGAAAUCAUCGCUAUGUCCACCACGGGGGACAAGAUUCUUGAUACUGCACUUUCCAAGAUUGGGGAGAAGAGCCUGUUCACCAAGGAACUGGAACAUGCCCUGGAGAAGAACGAGGUGGACCUGGUGGUUCACUCCCUGAAGGACCUGCCCACUGUGCUUCCUCCUGGCUUCACCGUGGGAGCCAUCUGCAAGCGGGAGAACCCCUGCGAUGCUGUUGUCUUUCACCCAAAAUUUGUUGGGAAGACUCUAGCAACCUUGCCAGAGAGGAGUGUAGUGGGAACCAGCUCCCUGCGGAGAGCAGCCCAGCUGCAGAGGAAGUUUCCACACCUGGAGUUCAAGAGUAUCAGGGGAAACCUCAACACCCGGCUCCGGAAGCUGGAUGAGCAGCAGGAGUUCAGUGCUAUCAUCCUGGCUGUGGCUGGCCUACAGCGCAUGGGCUGGCACAACCGAGUAGGGCAGAUCUUGCACCCUGAGGAAUGCAUGUACGCUGUGGGCCAGGGGGCCCUGGGAGUGGAAGUUCGAGCUAAGGACCAGGACAUCUUGGAUCUGGUGGGUGUGCUGCACGAUCCCGAGACCCUGCUUCGCUGCAUUGCUGAAAGGGCCUUCCUGAAGCACCUGGAAGGCGGCUGCAGUGUGCCAGUGGCAGUACACACAGCCAUGAAGGAUGGGCAGCUGUACAUGACUGGAGGAGUCUGGAGUCUGGAUGGCUCCGACACAAUGCAAGAGACCAUGCAGGCCAGCAUCCAGGUCCCUGCCCAGCAUGAAGAUGGCCCGGAGGAUGACCCCCAGCUGGUAGGCAUUACUGCCCGGAACAUUCCACGAGGACCCCAGUUGGCCGCUGAGAACCUGGGCAUCAGCCUGGCCAAUCUGUUACUGAACAAAGGAGCCAAGAACAUUUUGGACGUUGCACGCCAGCUGAAUGACGCCCACUAAGCGGCCGUGGGCACAGGUGCCUGCCUGGGCUGCCGCUCCCCGGGGAGGACGUCGGCCGAGUGCCCUGUUCUCACUGGGAAGUGGUCACUCCAGGAGGAACUGCGGGGUCCCUGACCGCCGGGGACUCGCCUCACCUCGGGGCCUUGCCUCCUGCUGCGUGGGGGCCUCAUCUCUAGAGAACACAAUGCAAGCCACAGCCUUUGAAUGUAACCAGCCCCGGGAAUAAACCAGCUGAGGGCGGCUC